GAAGGGGGACGGAUAAAACCAAAAGUUAUUUAUGCUGACGUCAAUUAGUAAACAAAAUGGCGAGUCAGGCGGGGAUAAAAUAGCUCGCUUUGCUAGCUAGCUGCCGAAUUGCAUUAACUCCUAAAACUGUCUUUCACCCUUAAAUUAUUUUUUGAGUGAAAACAAAACUCGCAGUCGACACUGCCAGUAGAUGAGCACGGGAUGUUAUCUCGGCACGAAUUUGGAGGAGUCAACUUUUUUGCAUUCUUUCAGUAAGGGGCACUACACAAUGUUUCCAAUGGAAAGUAAUGGAGAGUGCUUCUUUCAGCGCUGCAUUCAAGUCGGACUGCACUGCAACUUCCUCCGUCGCGUUGGACAUUACAAAUGAAGAGGCAUUAGCUUGCGAGCUCGCGAGCUGGCUAGCUACCUAGUUGACAUUCCCUUAGAACUACGGCAUGGCGGUUUUAUAAGACCGUAACAGAGUCUCAUCGGAUGUACAGCUACUCUCUUUGGAUUCAUUUUAAAGGAUGUUAUCCAUGGAUGUAAAAAGGACAAAUAUGCUUACCCUCAGGUAGCAUGACUUGUUAGCUAAUGUACUUACCCAGAUGUUCAUAAUCAUGUGCGACCAUCGAUCGAUGUAAAAAAGAAAAGAGCGAUACCCAGCACGCGCAUCAAAACGAGGAUAUUUUAUUGUUCACGUUUUGUUUUCAUCAUACCGUAUUUAUUUAACCAUGGCCGUGAGGUCCAGGAGACCCUGGAUGAGCGUGAUUCUUGGGGUCAUUCUUGGAUUUACCGCGGCGUCUUGGCUUAUUGUCCCUCGGGUUGUGGAAAUCAGUGGCAAACGGAAAAAAUCUACAAUGUGCUCUUAUUACAGUAACGCCGCGAGUGUUGGCAAAGUACCGGAGAUCAUCGGCAGCACUGCGGGUAGCAAUGCGUGGCAGAAAGACAAGGAUAACCCCAUCUCCAGCCAAGAGGAGAGCGAGGAGGAGGACGAGAGCAUGUUCAGGACUGGCAACGGCAGCGGUGACGGCGGGGGACCCAUUUCCCGACCUAGGCAUUUUCUCUACGUGGGUGUCAUGACAGCUAAAAAGUACUUGGAUUCGCGAGCUGUCGCUGCUUACAGGACGUGGACUCGUUCGAUCCCCGGAAAGGUGGAAUUCUUUUCCAGCGAAGGGUCUGACACGGUCCCGCUGCCAAUUCCCGUUCCCGUGGUCUCCCUGGCAGGAGUGGACGACUCGUACCCUCCGCAAAAGAAGUCGUUUAUGAUGCUCAAGUAUAUUCACGACCAUUACCUGGAUAAAUACGAGUGGUUUAUGAGGGCAGAUGACGAUGUCUACAUUCGAGGCGAGAAGCUGGAGGCGUUCCUGCGGUCGCUGAACAGCAGCAAGCCGCUGUACCUGGGUCAGACGGGCCUGGGCACCACGGAGGAGCUGGGUAAGCUGGCGCUGGAGCCCGGGGAGAACUUCUGCAUGGGCGGGCCCGGCAUGAUCUUCAGCCGGGAGGUCCUGAGGAGGAUGGUGCCCCACAUCGGGGCCUGCCUGAGGGAGAUGUACACCACCCACGAGGACGUGGAGGUGGGCCGCUGCGUGCGCAGGUUCGGGGGCACCCAGUGCGUCUGGUCCUACGAGAUGCAGCAGCUCUUCUACGAGAACUACGAACACAACAAGAAGGGCUUCAUCCAGGAGCUCCACAGCAGCAAGAUCCACAACGCCAUCACCCUGCACCCCAACAAGAGGCCAGCCUACCAGUACCGGCUGCACAGCUACAUGCUGAGCCUCAAGAUCUCGGCGCUGCGCUACCGGACCAUCCAGCUGCACCGCGAGGGCGUGGCCAUGAGCAAGCUGAGCAACACGGAGGUGCAGCGGGAGGACCAGCAGCUGGGCAUGAUGCCCUCCUACACCCGCUACCAGCCCGCGGAGCGCGGCAACGUCAUCGAGUGGGAGUUCCUGACGGGCAGGCACCUGUACGCCAUGGGGGAGAACCAGGUGCCCCGGCAGGGCCUGGGGACCAUGCUGCGGGCCGCCCUGGAGGACACGGUCAUGCAGGUGAUGGAGAUGAUCAACGAGAACUCCAAGGCCCGCGGGCGCGUCAUCGACUUCAAGGAGAUCCAGUACGGCUACCGGCGGGUGGACCCCAUGCACGGGGCGGAGUACAUCCUGGACCUCCUCCUCUUGUACAAGAAGCACAAGGGGCGCAAGGUGACGGUGCCCGUGCGGCGCCACGCCUACCUGCAGCAGUCCUUCAGCCGGCCCUUCUUCAUGGAGGCGGAGGAGCUGGACGUGGCCGAGCUGGUGGAGACCAUCAACACGGAGUCCCAGUCUUUCUCCUUCCUGUCCAACUCCCUCAAGAUCUUCUCACCCUUCCAGUUCACCGAGUCCACCAAAGAGAUGCGGGAGCGCAGCCAGAGGAAGGUCCAUGUGCUGGUGCCCCUGACGGGCCGCUACGAUAUCUUUGUCCGCUUCAUGGAGAACUUCGAGAAGACGUGCCUGGUGCCCAACCAGAGCGUCAAGCUGUCCGUCAUCCUGGUGGAUAACGACAGCAACCAGGACAGGGAAAAGCACCUGGAGCUGAUCAAGGAGUACCACAACAAGUAUCCCAAAGCCGACCUGACGGUCAUCCCCAUGGCGGGAGACUUCUCCAGGGGCCUGGCGCUGGAGAUGGGCUCGUCGCAGCUGGAGAACAACACCUUGCUCUUCUUCUGUGACGUGGACCUGGUCUUCAACGCCGACUUCCUGCAGCGUUGCCGGGACAACGCCGUCCAGGGGAAGCAGGUCUACUUCCCCGUCAUCUUCAGCCAGUAUGAUCCCAAGAUCGUCUACGCCGGCGCCGCCCCGGACGACAGCAGCUUCGUCUUCACCAAGAAGAGCGGCUUCUGGAGGGACUACGGAUUUGGAAUCACCUGCAUAUUCAAAAGCGACCUGCUGAAGGCUGGGGGGUUCGACACCUCGAUUCAAGGCUGGGGACUGGAGGACGUGGACCUGUUCACGAAAGUGAUCAACUCCGGAUUAAAGGCGUUUCGGAGUCAGGAGACUGGCAUCAUCCACAUUUACCACCCUGUUCACUGUGACGCUAACUUAGAGCCCAAGCAAUACAAAAUGUGCCUAGGGUCUAAAGCUAGUACUUAUGCCUCCACAAUGCAGUUAGCAGAACUAUGGUUGGAGAAACACUUAGGCGUAGGGUACAACAGAACUUCCUCCUGACAUUCCGGCUCUUUCCUCCUCUUCGGGAGUUUACCUCAGUUCUACACAUCUGCAGAGAGCAAUGGAGUCCGUAUGAGUGAGUCCCUGGGUACGCUCGACUGUUUGGGUGACUUUGUGCAAUUAAUUUUUUUUUGUUUGUUUGUUUCGGGUUUUUUUUGUCAUCGGUUUCUCGACAGCGUCUUCCAAAGUACGUUUGCAGCACAUGCUGAAUCUGUGGUCGUUUCAGCGUUUGCCUCACGUUCGCGCCUGUGAUUCCGUGCGUCCAUUUGACCCUUUUUUUUCCUUCCCCCCACCGUACGUAUUCUCAGGAGCGCAUCUUUCACACCGUGGCCACUUUCGAUGAAUGUGUGCAAUGCAGCUUUGGCCUGUGUUUGCUGGACAGAGCCACGCCCUCCAUGUUUGUCUACAGACACUGCUUAUCCCAACGUGACAAUGACAGCAGCA